UAGUCAUCUCAGAAAGCCUCCAGGAAGAACUCCAUUUCUCAGAGACUAGCAACACAACAACACCUGAGUGAACCAUGAAGUUCUGUACCUGCAUGAUAUUGUUUUCCCUGGUCCUGUGUGCCACUGCUGACAACUGGUUCUCUGAUGCUGGAAGAUUCAUAGCAGACGCUUUUCAAGGUGCUAGGGAUAUGUACCAAGCAUACAGCGAUAUGCGUGAGGCAAAUUGGAAAGAUUCAGAUAAAUAUUUCCAUGCUCGUGGGAAUUACGAUGCUGCUAAAAGAGGUCCUGGUGGUGCUUGGGCAGCGGAAGUUAUCAGUGAUGCCAGAGAAAAUUGGCAGGGUUCAGUUAGUGGCAGAGGAGCAGAAGACACUUUGGCAGACCAGGAGGCAAAUCAAUGGGGCAGAAGUGGAGGAGACCCCAACCGCUACAGGCCAGAGGGUCUUCCUGAAAAAUACUGAUGGAGUCCAGAAAGACAUCCCAAUGUUUCUGUUGUCCUAUAUGGCUAACAAUAAAUAAAAAUCUUAA